CUACACUUUGGACUUGACACGGCCGACCAUGAGCGGAGCAGAGCACAACUUUUCUGGUGCACUGGCAACAUGGAAGGACAUCAAGCUACAGGAGCUGCAAAAGACGCUGGACGCCCAAGGUAUCGAGAUCGUCGACAACCAGAAGGAAUCCGUACUGGGCCGCAAGCAGCUCGCUGACCGCACAAAAGAGUUCAAAAAAAUCCCAGAUGAUGAGAAGUUGAACUCGUUCAAAGGCCUGCUCAAAGCAUACCAGACAGAGAUUGACAGCCUCACAAAGCGGUCAAAGGUUUCCGAGAAUGCGUUCCUCAGUGUGUACAAGGUCCUCGCUGAAGCACCAGAUCCAUAUCCUCUGCUCGAAGCUGCUGUCGACCAAGCGGUCAAAGCCACGGAAGCACACGCAUUGGAGGCUGAAGUUGCCCGGUUGCGUGCUGAGAACACCGAGCUUCGACAGUCGUCUAGCGCUCUUGAUGCCUCCAAACGCCGCGUCGAACAGCUAGAGGCACGCAUGGACGAGCUUGUUGCGCAGAAGGAGUCUGAGAUCAAUGCUGCGUAUGACGAACGUAUGCGCAACUACGAGGAGCGGGAACAGGACUUGCAGCGCCAGGUUGCACUAUAUAGGGACCAAGUGCGCGACCUCCGGCAGUCGAAUGAAUCGAAUCAGGCGAAACUCUUUGAUCACAGCCAGCGUCAGGACCAAGAGGUCAUUUCCCGCCUUGCAGAAGCUGACAUGAUUAUGGUCGACCUGGAACGUGCGAAUAGUAGAGUAGCGACCGUCGAGCAGCGAAAUGAAGCACUCCGCGGAGAGAUCGAGGCAUUGCGCACUGGCAGCGAAAGCAGUGAGCGUGUCAGAUCUCUAACGGAUCGUCUCUUCGAGCUUGAGUCCGAGUGUACACGGCUCGAAGGCGCCGUUGGCGUUGCACGAAGUGCCGCAGCACGAUCAGAGGAGCGGAUUUCGGACAAGGCUCGCGAAGCAGACUCUGCUCGCGCAGAGGUAGACGCUCUCAAGACAAAACUAAAAACAUACGCAGAUUACGACGAGGUGAAGCGAGAACUGGAGAUCUUGAAGUACGUUGAAUUUGCAGGUCUCGACCCCGAUGAUGAUUGGUCAAGUCCUGACGAAGACGAGGACGGCGUGCAUCUGCCAAAUCCCAAUGCAGACAAGGCGAAUGCACAGCACGGCAAGAGUCUCGAGGUGCUCCUUGCGACCAAGAAUAAACGGAUAUUAGAAGAGUUGACGCGAUUUAGGAUCCUCCACACAUCACUUGAAGCUUCCCUCAAAAGCACACAGAACGAGCUCGCAGACACACACGCAGAACUUGCCAAGCAACAAGCACUGUGCGAGAAACUCGAGACGGACCUUCUCGCUCUGAACACCAACAGCGGCAGAGGGCUAAGAGAGGAAGGAGGAGAGAGCGGGGAAAGUGGGAUUUCGGGGCUGGGGCUCGAGUUUGGCUUACGCACGACGGACACGGCGGGCCCGAGCACUACACGUUCGACACCAAUACCUUUCACGUCAUCUGCUGAUACCUCGAUCCUUCCUAUCGUGACCAGCCAGCGGGACCGGUUCCGGCAACGGAACGCAGAGCUCGAGGAAGAACUACGCAAACACUACCACACCAUCUCAGAACUCCGCACCGAAGUCAAAUCCCUCCAAUCCGACAACCUCAAGCUCUACGAGAAAGUACGUUACAUGCAAUCAUACCGUGAACAAGGCUCCGUCUCGCAGCUUGAUCCUCUGCCGCCAUCUUCUGCCUCGGCGUUCAAUGGAAGCGGGAAUGGGAGUGGGAGUGGAAGGGACGAGCUGGGGAAAUGGCGCACAAGGUAUGAGGAUUCGAUGAAUCCGUUUGAAGCGUUUCGCGGAAGGGAAGCGACGCGUGCGUAUGAGGCUCUCAAUCCUGUCGAGCGAGGUGUACUCGUGCUCACGCGUGGAAUUAUUGGGAACCGGCGUGCACGUACGGCGUUUAUCUUUUAUGCGGCGGCGUUACAUCUCCUAGUGGUCGUUACGGUGUAUGAGUGUGCGUGGUCGAGCGGGCAGCUGCAGGUUCAGCCAGGGCCGUACUGAUCAUGGUGGAGAUAAUCUUUGUUGAGCAGGCAUGACCGCUCGCUUUGGAGUUUACCACGUCAUUAAGACACAAAGUUUCCAACUCGGAGGGACACGUAUGCUCAAGGAUGAUUAGAUUAUAUGCUGUAAAAUAUCAAUGAACU